UUUUAGAAGGAAACAAAUUUUUUAACUUUAUUUAAUUUUUAGAAAACUUAUUACUAAAAGAUAAUCAGAAUAACUCUAAAACCUCGUUAGCAGAUCUUUCAAUUAGUCUUUCGGAAAAUAGUUGCCAGUUUUGCUCUGUAAGACUUUAUUACCAAGAGAAGACGAAACCGCACAAUCACGUAAAGAAUUUUGUUUUAAAGAAGAGGUCUAGAGGCAUUCGAAGCGAGUGCGGAGCAUAAAAUUUUAGUAACUCUCGGACAUAUUGUAUGGAAGUCGUGACUUUUCAUGGAGAAAGCCAUUAUUUCGUUAUUUGGGAUUGCAGAAAUGGGUUUCCCAAGAAAAAACACAACAUCCAUAUUGUUACCAUUCUUUUUUUGUUUUUUUCAUUGGCACACCCCAAUGUAGUCAUAUAUAAAAAUACAUAUUUACCUAACCGUGGUUAUUGUCCCCAGGUGCCGUUACCUUUCAUAUUAUUUACUAAUUUUUUUACAUCGCUGAAGUAGCCUAAAGCCUACACAGCUAAAGUCAGUCAGGCGCGCGAUAGCACUUCACAAAUUACUGUUUUCUUCUACACUUGUUUAUUGUUUUUGUUAAUCACGUUUUAUUUAGUUAUGCUUAUAUAAAAAGUUAUAUCUGUUCAAUAAAAAUUAAAUUAUUUAAUUUCAGUUGUUUGUACGCGUUUGCAAAGAAAUAAAAUAAUGGUCGUAAAGAGUUGUAAAUAAUGUAACCAGUUUUAGUCGCGUUUGAUUUUUUCUUUUUAUAUAUAAAAGUAAAGUUUAUGCAGCCGUACCGCCCACACGUGUGACUUAAUUAAAAAAUGAGUAUACAGGAUGAAAGUUUCCCCCACGAUGAACUUUUCGAAGUGGACUUAUCGCCAACGCCACCACAUCAUCGAAUUCAAUUUCCACACCGCUUGCGAGAACGUCAACAACAAGGGCACAGUGGUGACAGCAUCAAAAGCCCACUAACGCUUGUACACAAUCUCAGCGUCUCCAGCUCAUCGGCCGAUCAGACUAUAUCCUCAGCCGAAUCAGCCUCAGAGCAGGGCACUCAGCCUGCUGGUUUGGCGACCUUGGCAAGCGACGAACGCAUGGUUAAAAGCGAUCAAACUGGGCUUUCCACUGGUGGUGGUGUAGGCGAUGCGCACCAGAGCCAUCUGCCAGAGCAUGACCGUAAGUCUUACUCUUACCAUGACAUUCACUCGCAGGCUACGAAGCGUCGCUUCAAACACGUCGAGAGCAAAGUCGGACAAUAUAUUGCAAAUAUACGUAGCGAAGAUGAACGACGCCGCAAGCUAGCGAAAUUUCAAAGACACAGUUCGAUGCCCGAGGCGCUGGUACACGAACCGCUGCCGCGGAAGACGUCAAUGCAGUUGCAGCGCGGUGUGACUUUAACAGCGGCAAGGUUGAAUGAAGCGCUAGUGGGCGUAAUCGAUGCAGUCGACGAAGAGGAGCAGGAGGUGGAGGAAGAAGUGGAGGCGGAGCCCGAUGCCAGCGCAGAAUUGUCUGCCAGCAACGUUACAGCAAUUACUACAGGUACCAUUUCCACACAAAGUGGCAGUGGUAGUGGCGCGGCUGACGAAGAAGACGUCUACAUUGAUAGGAGCACAUACGCGCUGCUGUUGGAUGAGCGCGAUCGCUUACAAUCUUACAAUGACUACCAGCAAUCGAAACUGGACGAAAAGCAGAGCGAAAUUACGCGCCUCAGACAAAAUGUGGACUUCUUGCGCGUGCGCUUGAGCACAGCCGAAGAUCAGCUCAAGAAAACUCAGUGUGGUCGUUACACAUUGCACGGCACUUCACUCUCAGGUUCGUUGGGUGGCUAUGGGCAGUUGGGACGACAGCCGUUGCAGAGCUUGCUAUACUGCGCGGCAAAGAGUACGAAGGCGACACAGACAGAUUGCGAGCGAAGCCGAUCGCCACCACCAGCGCCACCGCCAUCACCUUCACCGCUAAAUCUUGGGCUUCCGCACGACCACGGAGACGGCGAUGACGAGCUGCAUGUUUUUGUGACACCCAACACGCCGGAUGCGAAUAACAAUUUAUGCAGCGGAGAUGGCACAAUGGAGGUGUGCGGUCGAAAUGCUAAGAACGUGGCGGCUAUACAACCAAUGUCGCUUUAUUUCAGCAGCUGCAUGGAGGAGAGUGCCGAAAGGCGAACGGCGAAGGAGAGUGUCGCAUUGCGCAGGCGCAGCAAUUCCCUUAAGGUCCGACAGCAGCAGGCUGAACCGAGCAAAGCAAGCGGUAGUGGCAGCGGCACGUCCCAACACAACUCACGCACCAGUCAACCGAGCAGCUCAGAUUCAGCCAUUGAGGUAGAAGUGAUCGACUUGUCAUCGUCGCCGAAACCGGCACGCCGUAAGCGUUACAGCACCGAUCGAGAUGGGCGUGGAACUUUUGCACCGAAAACUCGGCCACUAAAAUACAAUCGCGAUCCACGCACACCCUCGCCCAUGGGCCUAUAUAUGGAACGUUGUCCCAAUAGCACUGCUGUUGAUAUCUCUGACACGCCAGAGGUGCAAGGCCCUCGCAAGUUGGCCGCGAAAAGGAGUGCUGGUGGCCGUCGCAAGUCCAUUUCUCGCCGUUGGUUUUAUUUGCUCGGCAGUUGCAUGCGUUGCAGCAAUCGGCAACAGACAGAGAGUGAGCAGUACGCUCUUCAACAGACUUAUACCCAAGUUCCGCUGCUGGAGAAUACUUUUGAGCGUAGCGGCAUACAGGUGCGUUCUAACUAAGGCGAGAUGCCUCUUUGAGUUUAAUGUUUUAUUAUAUUUUUUAGUCAUAAUUUGUUAAGAUCUUUAUUUCGUGUUUAAAAUUAAAGUUCGCGUUUUUUUGUUUUUGAUAUUGCCAAGUUUAAUUUUAUGUGUUUAAUUAUUUAUUGUUUAAGGGUUUUCUUCCUAUUUUUAUGUUAGUGUUUUAAAUAAUAUUAUCUCAUCCAAAAUCUGUUCACACAAAUGUAAAAAUAAAUAUUU